UUCUUUGCUAUUUAAGCUACAUUUGGGAGCAGAAUAUUACUAACAGCAUUUGUAGAACUAGUUUUCAAUAAAACAGACGGAAGAUUUAUUAUUUUUAUCAAUAUAAUUAUUGGUUCAAUGCACAGCGGUCGGGCCUCAAUCGUUCCCACAAUUCAUUUCCGGAAGUUUACACUUAGCGCGAGGGCGCAUCAGGAAGUUGGAGAAAUGUCAAAAUCAAACGUUUCAAAAUGUAAAUUGAAAGUAGCUUACGGUUUGUCAUGCAAAGAGCAUGGAAUAUUGAUACAGCUUAAUAAUGCAGUCACCAUAAUUUGUAAUAAAACGUGUGCAUAAAUAUUUUUCUUUGGAUGAAUACGUUUGAAAUGUAAAUACAGUUACUUGUUUGACAGUUUGAUACCUUUCUCAUGCUGUUAGCAGAAUCAUCUAGAUAUAAAUCAGAUUGUAAGAAAUUUGAAUUAGAAUCGUUGUUUUCUGAAGUGAUGAAAAAUAUAUAGAAAUUUCUUAUAUUUAUUAUUAAGAUAUAGAUUCCGUUGGAUUAAGAUGAAAGUAAAUGGAGAAAUGAUGCUUAAUUCAAAAACAGGGAAAUUGAAACGUUCACGGACGUUGAAUACAGAAUGGUAUCCGGAACCAGUAGCACCUCCACAAAAUGCUGUAAAUAAUAAUGGAGAUGUGCAGAAUGAGGCUGAGGAGCAGUUAACACAAAAGAGGGUUCCUGGACCGUCAUGCAAGGCUCUCAAACAUGCAGUGUCAGGUCUAAGUAGGCUUGAUGACUUCAUUUGUGAGAAACUUGGAGAAGGAUUUUUUGCAGAGGUUUUUAAAGUCACUCAUAGAGCAACUGGUGAAGUACAAGUGCUGAAGAUGAAUAAAAUUCAAGACAACAAACCAAAUGUUCUAAGAGAGUUGCAGCUAAUGAAUAGACUGUCACAUAAAAAUAUACUCAGAUUUAUGGGAGUGUGUGUUCACGAGGGGCAACUUCAUGCAUUAACAGAGUACAUAAACAAUGGUGACCUGGAACAGUUGCUGGCCAACAGUUCUGUUGAGUUACCAUGGACUACACGGGUUUACAUUGCUCAAAAUAUUGCUGCUGGAAUGGCAUAUCUCCAUGAACAAAGGGGAAUAAUGCAUAGAGAUUUAACAUCAAAGAAUGUGUUGAUACGAGAAGAGAAAGAUGGCUCAUUCACAGCUAUUGUUGCAGAUUUUGGUCUGUCAGCAAAAAUUCCAGACCCUUUAAUUGGGAAGCAGUUGUCUCCAGUUGGUUCCCCUUUCUGGAUGGCCCCCGAGGUUAUUACAGGACAAAACUACAAUGAAUUGGCUGAUGUUUUUUCGUUUGGUGUGAUUUGCUGUGAAAUUACAGCCAGAGUGUCAUCAGAUCCGGACAUAUUACCCAGAACUAAUAAUUUUGGUAUAGAUUAUAAAGCGUUUAGUGAACUUAUUGACUACUGUCCUCUAGACUUUCUGCGCUUGGCCUUUAGAUGCUGUCAGGUUGAUCCGAGCAAAAGACCGAGGUUUACAGAAACUGAAGUGUCUACACAGCAAAUUUACGAGAAUCUCAAAAAUGACAAUGUUAGUCAUAUGAGUAUGGAAAGAAGAAAUUCUAUAGAUAUAACACAUUACAAAAGGUCAAGGUCAGAAGAUAACAUUCUUCAGGCCAAUGAUGAUGAUUUUGACGGUGAUGAAUAUGAUGAUAAUGUUUGUAAUGAUACCACAGUGACACCUAUACUCAUUGGUGAAGCCAUGAGUCGUGACGAUCCUUUUUAUGAACCUUCCAUAUCAAAUCCUUUUGCUGGCAUGGCAGGAUUUCGCGAAGGACGUAAGAUUCUCGGUAAAUCAUUUGGUGAUGUUGACUCUAUGAUGUUUGAGUUGCCAUCGCCAUCAUCUCCCACAACGCCACCGUGCACGCCAAAUUUGAUGUCUGCAGCUUCUGCUUCUAAGAAAAAUUCAUUUCAGUUGCGACCGAAAAGUCAGUCACUACCGUCGUCACCAGUUUUGUUGCGGAAGGCAGCAGAAAGACUGCACCAAGAAUCUAUUCAUGGCUCAAAUAGUAAAAAAUCAAUGAAUCAAAACAGAUACUCUUUUUCAGCUUAUAGUACACGAUCAAAAAGUGUGUUCUUUCCAGAAGCUGUCGCGCAAAGACUUCAGUUUGAAAUGUUUGAUACCGGAAGUCCGUACAAUAAUCGAUCAAGAGAAGGUUCAGUUGAAAGUGACAAUACGUAUAACUAUAUGAAUACUUACCCUAUAAAUAGAGUCAGGCGGCAUUCUAAUUUAGAAAAUUCAUUAAACCAUCGCAAUGGUACGAACUCAUCCUUGUCAAGUAGUUAUAUCAAUUCUCGACAAGAGUCCAUUGAUGAGACAGGUGACAACGAAUUAACCUAUUCUAAAACUGAUUCAGUUUAUCCAAGUUUAUCAUAUGCCCCGGAAAGUGCCAAAACAGAACGAAAUUUGUUGAACAAUAAUCAUUUACAUAGUACUCCAGAUGCCAAAGUGUCUUUUGAAGUAUCGUUUGAUGAUCCAUGUGGUCCCGGCGACGAUAUAGUCGACCCAUGGAGCAUGAGAAGAGAGACUCUUCACAAAACUGCCAUUAUAGAGGAACCAGUCUGUAACAAUGGAAUGAUGGAAACUUCAGUUUAGGGGAACCAGUCAACUGAUAAUAAAUUGUCGUAUAUGUAGCUGUCACAAUGGAAUGAUGGAAACUUCAGUUUAGGGGAACCAGUCAACUGAUAAUGAAUUGACAUAUAUGUAGAAAACCAACAAGUCUGUCACAAUGGAAUGAUGGAAACUUAGGAACCAGCCAGUAUAUUGAUCGACAAAUUAUCAUAGAUAAAGGAAACCAGACCAUAGAAUGCCUAGACAAAAAACCCAUGUAGUCAGUGAAACAUCUGUGUUUAAACCAGUCAGCUUUUCUGAUGGAACUUGAUAUUUCAACAGUGAGAGAAUAUCGUGCAUUGUACAUGGGUCCUUAAACUAGGUUUGUUUUUUGUAAUGUUAAAUGAAGUUUGUAAUUUAGAAGCUUGGUAAGCUUUGCUAUGAUAGCUUGAUAUUAUGACAUAUUUAUAACAGUGAUGAUGUGAUUAUGACUGUAUUCUUCAAAAAUAUAACAGAUUAAUAAAAUAGAAGUGUACUUACAUGAGAUACUGACCAGUAUACUGAAAAUUUGUUACUUUAUAGCACAGGGACUUUAUGAGAUAAAAUGGUGCAAUUGUUAAUGUUUUUUAUUGUUUUGUAAAAAGUAAAAAAAAAAUGCCAUAAAAUAGUGUAUCAAGUUUUUUUGUCUCAUAAUUGACAGGGGAGAAAUUUUUUUUUCUUCUUUAAAAUUGUUGUUUUGUUAUUAAAAGAAACCAACCCCUAUUUAUUGGAGGGUCUAAGAUUUUAUAAACUUGAAAGGAUGACGGAGAUAUUAAAUUUUAAGUGUUAGUCAAAUGUGUUAAAUAUGUUACAAAAAUGUAUCCUUUUAUUUAAAAUCUUGGACCCUCUGGUAUAUUUUAAGGGGGUCUUGUUAUAAAUUUGAUAUUAAGGCCAGAAUAAAAAAAUACAUUUGUUUGUUGUCUUCAUACAUAGCCUUUAAUCAACGAAUUAUAUAUGAGCACCAAAACAUUUUUUUCCCUCUUUCUUUGCUUUUGCAGAAUGAAGAUGUUAAAUUUUCAUUUAAAAAGUAAAAAAAUAAACAAAAAACAUGAAUAAAAAAACCAACAACAAAAAAAAGAGAGACAUUUUUCCAUGAUACUGAUAUAUCUCAUUUUGUACUAAAUUGAGAAUGGAGUACGGCAAACAAGUAUAUCUUUUUUGUAUGGCCUGACUUUGUGUCUUGUUUUUAUUCUGUGUAUAACAACAUAAAUUAUUCAGAGUUUUAUAUAUAUAGUAAAUGAUAUUAUGAUAAUGAGUAUUUUUGAUACAGGAAUUCCAAAGAUUUAUUUUGUAAAUAUCUGAGAUAAAUAUGGAAGAAAAUCUUCAAUAUUGAACCAUAUCAGUUAUUAAUAUUUUUGUCUUGUAAUUUAUAAUGCUAUUUACAGUUUUUUUCUUCGUCUUCAUUUUUAUUAUGUCUAAAGUUUUAAACUUACAUUUUGUACUGUAAAUCAAAUCCUUGUUCUAUGAAAAAGAAUUAAAUGAUUCUUUUUUUUCUAAUUUUUUUUUGGUUAUAAACAUAAAACAAGUGAGCAAAACCAAUUUUGUCACUUUUUGUUGUGUUGGCUAUUGAAGUAUUUCUAUAAUUGUUGUUGUUCUUGAAGUUUUAGUGUUGCUUUGCAUAAAUAUUCUUAAACAGGUCCUUUUAAUUAUUAGAAUCAGGAAAUCUCUAAUAAAGUCAAUAUAUAUAUAAUUUAAAAUGAAUAUCUUUGAUAUUCUAAGGGUACUGCUUAUGUUCUUAAAUCACAAAUGUAUUGUUUAAACAUAAAAAAAGAACAAAAUUUUAUUAGUGGUAUCAAAAUAAAAAAUACAUGGGGAGAAAGUUUUUAAGAUUUUUUUUUUUAAUUCAGGAUUUUCAGAUUCCCAAAAGACACAUUUUUUCUUUAUAAAAAAGAACAAAACAAAACUGUAAACAAAAUGGCUUAAUAAAUGAUAAAAGGAUUUAAAAAAAAAAUCUAACGUUUACCCUUGAAAAUUAAUUUGAUCUACUGAAAACAAACAUAAUUUUCUGAAAUAUUUCACUGGAUCUUUACUCUAUUUCACAAUGUUGCUCUGUGUAUUUAAAUAUUCCAAUUAUUAAAUGAUACAUUUUUAUAAGCAAUAUCUGUCAAGAGUCCGUGAUAAAGGGUAUAUGAUGAAAGUCUUAAAUUUAAUGUUAACCUAAUAAUAUUAAGGUGCCAUAAAAGAUAUAUAUUUACCCUACCCUACCCUAAAUUUUCGUGAUGAGCUUGCCCAAUUUUGAAUUGGGAACUUCUUAUUAUUACUUUGAGGGAUUUCAAUAUCAAAAUGGUCAAUGUAAACAGCUAAAUAGUAUAUAGUUGUGUCACAUUGCAAAAGUGUACUGUUAAAACAGUGUUCAAGUGACUGUUGAAAAACUGCCGAUAUUUUAUUUCUGCUCAUUUUUCACUAUAUUCCUCAUUUCCAUUCCAAACUAACUUGCCCUAUAGUUUAGAUUGUUAAUUUUUUUCUGUCAUCAAUUAUUUCUUCAUUCCAGUUUAAUGCUUUUACUCUUUUAAAUUAAUCUUGUUACUUGGCAAUCAUGAUACUAUAUAUCACAUAGUUUUAUUGUAUCAUGUCAAUAGUUUUCUUCCAUUAUGUAAUAUACAUUCAAGUCACAUAGAUUCAUGUCAUUUUUGUCACAUAGAUUCAUGUCACAUAGAUUCAUGUCAUUUUUGUCACAUAGAUUCAUGUCACAUAGAUUCAUAUGAUCAUGUCACAUAGAUUCAUGUCACAUAGAUUCAUAUUAUCAUGUCACAUAGAUUCAUGUCCCAUAGAUUCAUAUUAUCAUGUCACAAAGAUCCAUGUGAUCAUGUCACAUAGAUUCAUGUGUCACAUAGUUUUAUUGCAUCAUGCCAUAGUUUUAUUUCAUUGAGUCACAUAAACUAUUAUCAUCAUGUCACAUAAAUUAAUUUCAUCAUGUCACACUAAAAUUUCAUUGAUCAUGUCACCCAUGUUUUGAUUUAUAUCUAACGAGAUCUGAUAUUGCAAGAAUUUCAUUGGCCAUUUAAUUUAUUGUCUCAUUUUUGUUUUGUUUUUAUUUGAUUUUUUUGUUGUAAAAUUAUGUUAAGUUGAAAAUGAAGUAUUGCUUUUGUGAUAAUCAAUUAGUAUUUGGCAAAAAAAUUAUAUUUAUAAUUUCAUUUUAACAUUAAAAUACGACUUCCAUUUCAAAACAUCUCUGAUAACAAGGUCACAUUUAUAGGGUUUUAAUGAAGUUCAUAAGGGCAUCUAAGGAUUUUCCUAACCAGUUCGAAGUUAGCUGUUCUUAAAAUGAGGUCAUCAAGCAAUUCUUGUUUGUUAAAAGUUCAAUCAAGAAAAUGAAGACUCACAGAAAACUGGAUUUGCAAUAAGCAAUAUAUAAAAAUGCUGGCUAAGAAAAGUGAUUAACUAAUAUAUAAAUGCUAUCAAGUGUUUGUUUGCAGGAUAAACAGGUGUAAAAUGUGAAUUAUGUCACCAGCUGCCUGUUACAGCUGUGGGUUUGAAUCCUGCCAGAGUUAUUUGCAAUUUUCAUGUGAUAAAGUUAUCCAGCUAGCUUUAAGAUGGUCGGUGGUUCUAUCCAGGUGCCAGAUUAUGUCUGAAAUAAUGCAAGGAAGGGCUCCUGUGGUCUUCCUUCACAAGUACAGCUGGUCAGUUGCCAUGCAACUUUGACAGUGUCUGUGAGAGGUAAAACCCCAACUAAAAUAUAUAUUGAUAAUCAUGAGAAAAGACAAAAUGGCAUAUUUAGAGAUUCACAUAUAUUUGUGUAAUUUGGAUAAUAUUUGUUAUUUAUAUUAAUAUAGAUGGAAGUAUGUUUUCUUAUGAAGGAAAGAAUGGCAAUUUUUUUUAUCAUAGUUAAACUGGAUCAUUCAUACAUGUAGUUAAACGAGAUAUUUAAUGGCUUAUACAGGAGGUAAUAAAAUUUUGUUGUAAUAAAAUACAAUGUUACAUGGAAUUUAUAAAAUUUAAUGGGGAAGUGCUGAAAAAUAUCUUGAUAAUCAAUAGUUAAUAGAUAUUAGUAUCUUGAAGUAACAGAAUGAAAAAAAAAAUGUAGCCCAUUUCCUAUGGAACUUUAUGUAAAAUUUAUAUCUCAUAUUUGCAUUUUGUUUACAUGAAUUGUUAAAUUCUGUUGAGCUACCUUAAUCAAAUUGAAUUUGUAUGGUGUAAACCUAAAAUAUUACAUUUAAAUACUGUAUUUAUUGAAUCUUUUCAAAUAACAUAUCCACUUUGUUUCAGAAUUUAUUUUUCAAAGUGUACAAAAUGUAAUUGAGAAAGUAAUGCAUAUCAAUUAUUGUCUCCAAUUGUUAAUUAAGUGUAAAUUCAUGUUCCAUUUUUGCUUGUUUUGCAGAUUUGCUGAUUAUAGCCAAAAUAAAUUCUAAAUCAUGCCAUUUUUAAUAACUGUAUAAAAUUCCUUGUGCAUUGUUUAAUACAUGGCAUAUGUGUUUUUAAAGAUAAUCUUGAGCAGCUAAAUCUGUACACUGUUAAAUCUGUAAUUACUAUCUAAUAUAACUUCAACUUUGAAUAAGCUUCAGCCUAACAUUAACAUCAUAGACCUCAUCUCUGAAAUCCUAUCUCUGAUUUUUCACUGAAACUUUGCUGCAAUCAUCCCUGUAGUUUGCACCAUUAUAUGUAAAGUAGUUUUUGUUAAAAGCACUCACUUUUGGUCCUGAACUAACCCUGAACUUACUUUGUAUAUUUGAUCUGAAUGCCUUGAAUUUUGGACAUUGCAUGAGAGAAUGAACAAAGUUCUGAAAUUUAGCUGCCAUCAGUAUAUAGAGCCUGACUGUUCAGCAUGGAUUUUCAGGCUGGCAGAAAUGGAAAGGCAUUAUAACUGUUAGUGUUGGACAGGUUUAAAUUGAAUGAAAUGUACACUAUAAUCUUGUCAUUUGUCUGUGUUCUAUUUGUAUCUACCUCACUGAUAUCCCCUUGUAUAGUUAACAAACUUUUCCUUUUUUGCUGUUCACAUUUUUCAUGUAAGGAUGGAAUUAUUUCUUAUCUCACUUUGUUUUAUAAUUUUGGUGAUUUUGACUUUUCAAACCAGCCUAUGAUAUGCAAGUCAUUCAUUGGUCAAAGUUUGAAUUAGCCAAUCAGGUGUGUGAUAUUUUUGACUGGUUUGCAAAGCCUAUAGUGUUAUACUUAAAAAAAUAAUUCUUGAAACUGCUAUUUCACAAGUUUAACUAAGGCAUUUUUCCUUAUUGUUUUUUCUACCUUUUAUUAUGAGAUUGAUUUUAAAGGUAAAUCCAAUACAUUAUCUAUCUCUCCAAUCAUUGUACAUUCCUCUUUACACAAAACACAUCCCCUUCCUAUUUAUGUUCUCAUUUUGAUGCAAGUUACACUCACCUAUCAUACUGGCAAUGUUAAGUUAUAUGGAAAAAUGUUUGAAAAAAAAAAUGUAAAAUUUAUUUGCCAUAAGAAUAAUCAUGAGUCAAUAUGACAACCUAUUAAUUUAAAGUUUGAUAUAACCAAACUAUUAGGACCUUUCUGUAAAACACUUAGCACAAUGGCUUGCUGCACUUUUGGAGGCUGAAGCCCCUUUGGUAAAUUCAAAGAUCUAUCUAUGUCUUAGAUUUUAAAGCAUGGAAGAAGGGACCCUCUCAAUUCUACCAUUGGCAUUUUUUUUCUUAGUUUAUAAAUUAUUCUUUCCUAAAUUUAUAUGCAGUAAAAAUUUUCAAGAAAAAAAAGGCUUAGCUUAAAAUAGCCAAUGCAAUGUAUUUUAUUUUUAUUGAAAUUUUGUUAUUUAAAUUAGAUGUUUAAACAAGAGGUAGAAAUUAUAUUAACCCUUAGCUUACUGGCCGGAAAAGGUUCUACCCAUGUGACCAGUGCAGACUAAGAUCCGCCCAGCACAUGCCGUCAGAUCAUGGUCUGCACUAUGGGCCAACACAUGGUCCGCACAUACAAAAUGUAUAUACAGAAAAUGCAGCAAGUUUAGGGUUGAUCAAUUUAUAUAACAAUGAAAUUGUUUUUGUUAUUUUCUUUAAUCUGUGAUAUGCUAUAAAAUAAUAUGUUUGUAAAUAUUUGUUCAAUAUAUUUUCAUGCAUUGUCUCGUUUGUUAUUAUAAUAAAAUAAAUAAAAAAAUGCCCAUAAUGUUGGCUAUAAACUUUUUGCAGAGAAUUUCAUUUCACUUGUUUAAGUAGCUUUUGUACUGAGUUAAAUUUUGUUGUAAAUACUUAAAAAUGAAAUAUAGUUGUUGAUAAAUAAAAGGAGCAGAUAUCUGUGAAAAACUUUUUUGAGGAUUUUCGGAUGUUAACAUUUUCCCUGUCAUACAGACAUUAAUUUUGUUAUAGAAACUGAGGGAUUUCACAAAUAAGGGUAUUGAAAUUUGAUUUACUGGAUUGAGUCAGAGUAUUUUGUUUUUUGCCUCUGAACGUAAAGAUUAUGGUUUUUGAGCCCUUACUAGGGUCUUUAUAUGUCGCUAGUACUGGCUAGUCACCAGAAAGUGGACUUUAGUGGUUGAGAUAAGCUUAAAGCUUUCACUACAAUUGAGCUGAAAGAUAUUUUUAAAAUUUGUGCCAAAAAUUAAACAAAUUUCAAAAUUUGCUGAUAUUUGAUUUUUAUACAAGUGUUACGUAAUUAACACAAGAUUUGAUAUAAUUUGAAUCAAAAGACACCCAUUAUAAAGUGUUAAUGAAUUUUAUUGAAAAUAAAUCAUGCAAAUCCUCAGAAAAAUAUUUCAUUUGAAAAGCUAAUUGUUUUAUUUAAUAAGAUCUCGUUACAUUGCUCCAGGAUUGAAGUUCUGCAAUAAAGUUAAUCAAAUCUA